AUGGGCAAGCGACAGCGGGAUGCCGAGGCGGAAGCGGCGGCAGUUCGGCAUGCCAUUGAGUUGAUAUGCCAACGCCCCGUGAAGGAUACGGAGGUGAAAGCGGUCACACUGACGCCCCUUGAGAAGCAGGUGGUUUGUCUCAAGGAAUCUCUACCGCCCGAUGUGGUGCUGAUGGUUGCGUGCGGUUAUCGUGUAAAGUUCUACGGCCGCGAUAGCCGCGUGGCGAGCCGUCGUUUGGGUAUCAUGUGCAUUGGUACCACCCCGUUUGAGUCGAGCAGUGUACCGUAUGUGCGAGUAAACCUGUACGUUCACCGCCUUGUGGCCAUGGGUUACCGGGUGGCGUUUGCUGACCAAGAAAACGCUUCCAUUCGCGCAACCAGUGGGACCGCGAAGGGUAUUUUCACCCGAGAAAUCACACGUGUGUGCAGCCGAGGAACACUACUCCCGUCCGAGGUGAUUGGUGUCGCUAACCCGGCGAAGACGACGAAUUCAAAUGGUGUUUCGUCUGUGGAUACGGCAGAUGUCGCAGAGGCCGGGGCGGAGGAUGACGAAGCGGAACCAGAAGGAGUGAAUUUUCCCAUGAAGGAAGAAUCAUCCGAGUUGUUCAUGUGUUUUAUAAAGGCACCAUCGCCAUCAUCAUUGCCGGCAGCAGCAGGAGCUCCCGCGAUGGAUGUCACACUUGUCAGCUUUGUUACUUACGCCGUGACACGCCACCGCAUUGCAUCGGAGGUGGAACUCUUGGACGUGUUGCACCGCUACGACAUUGUGGAGGUGAUUCUUCUCUGCGCGCCCCCCCAAGGGGAGAAUGCGAAGGACAACUUAUUUUCGCCCAAAUCCUCCCCGCUGCGGUGCUUGCCGGAGGUGUACGCCUCUUGUUUGAAUGACGUGCUGCCGCUGCACUUUGGCCCCACCAUUAACGGAGAGGAGGACGACCGGUCGAUCUCCCUCAGUGUGUUCGAGUGGGUCGGUUCCAUAGACGAGACGAUUGCAAGUUAUCUUGCCCCUUAUCGGUUGAAUAGAGUGUAUGAGAAGAUGUGCUUGGAGGCUGGUCAGACGUUGCCACGGAAUGCUGCCAUCGACAGUGUGACGGGAAAAAUGGAGUUGCCGGGUAGCACGUUGAGCGCGCUGGAUAUUUUUCACAGCAGCAUCGGGGCCAAAGGCUCUUUGAUGGCGCUUCUUGACCACAGUCUCACUACGCCUGGUGUACGACGCCUUCGUCUGUGGCUGUCGGAACCGCCUUGUGAAAUGAACACAAUCACAGCACGCCGAAACGCCGUUUCUUUCUUGUUGCACGGAGAGGAUGAUAACACCGUGACGCAUUUGCUUCGGGAGUGUGCCCGGUUUGGCGAUAUUGAGGCAACACUGGGAAAGAUGCGGGCGCAACGCUGCUCAGUUGCAGAGUACAUUCAACUUCUGCGUGCUCUGGAAAAAGCCCACACUUUGGCUCAUGCCGUAUUAUCCCGCAAUGACGGGCGCAUAGAUAAUUUAAUUCUCGAGACUCUGCAGAGGGUCACUUCCGCGGAAACGGCCAAUUUUAUUCAGUUGUGCAAAUGUGAAAUGGAAUCACACGCGACAUCCCCAUUAGAGUACUUUACAUCGCAUGGUGUUUCUGUUCCUUCUGCUAUGCAGACCCACCUAACGGCUCGUGAUGAGGCAUUACAUGCCCUUGAUGAGGAGCUGGAGUACAUUCGCCAGACACUGCGUAUGCCUGAUUUGGAGUAUCGCACCAUCGCUGGGACGCCAUUUAUUGUGGACGUGCCACAAGCAAAGUGUAAUCGUGUACCAAAGGAUUGGUUAGUGCUGACACGGACAAAAAGUCAUGUUCGAUUUCACACCCCAAACAUUGUUGAUCGUAAUGUUUCACUUUGUUCUGCCCGAGAGCGUCUUCUUAUUGCAGCAAAAGAAGCAUGGCAACAAAAGCAGGAUGAAUUGUCAAACUCUUCCUUAGCCAUGAAUGCCUUUCAGGCUGUCAUCGAUGCUGUGGCCGUGCUGGAUGCGAUUCGGUGCCUUACUGUGACAUCUUCUUCCCGUGGCUACGUUGCACCGGAGCUCUCAGAUGGUGCAACGUGUCUGAAGAUUGUGGGCGGUCGGCACCCAGUGCUGGACAACAUUUUACGGGGAGGCUACGUGAGCUGCGAUUUUUGCCUGGCAAAAGGUGGGGCAUGGAUCCUAACAGGACCCAAUAUGGGUGGCAAGUCUGCACUUAUGCGCAUGGUUGGCGCAUUUGUUAUCAUGGCCCAGCUGGGUUGCUACGUUCCUGCGACUGCGGCACAGUUGCCAUUGUUCACAGCCGUAUAUUGUCGUAUGGGGGCAAGUGACUCUCUACUGGAGGGAACCUCUACGUUUUUGAAGGAGAUGCAAGAGACAAGCCGAAUUCUGCGCUCGCCACGUGUAUCCUCCUCACUUGUAUUGUUGGAUGAACUUGGUAGGGGUACAAGCAGCUUUGACGGUAUUGCCGUUGCUGCGGCAACGCUUGAAUAUCUUUUGCAACGAGGCACGACGAUGCUGUUUGUGACGCAUUACUCACAUCUAUGUGAGCCGUACCUUCAUAAUACCUCCGAGGGAAAACAAGUAUCGUGCUAUUAUAUGGGGUUUUCUGAGGAGCAAGAUGAAGAAGGAGAAGAUAGGGAGCCCAAACUGGUGUUUACCUACAAGCCUACACCGGGUGUAACACCGUCUAGUUUUGGGGUGCGGGUAGCACGCAUGGCGGGACUUCCGCAUGAUGUUGUGGCGGAAGCACAGCGGCUCAGUGAAAUGGAGGAGCGAGAACACAUGACACGGAUGGCACUGAUGCGUCUGCGUCGCUUUGUCAAUGCGCCUUCCACCUAA